AUGUCGGAUCUGGAGACUGUUUCUGCCUUUGUCGAGGGAGCUCCUCCCGGAGAGCUCGCAGACGUUAUCGCAGAUAUCAAGUCUCUCACCCUCGAAACUUCGCCCGAUAUCAUUUCCAGCCUCGGUCCCGCUUUCGAAAAGUACAAUGAGGAGCAAGAGAUUGGAGCUGAACAGGAGCGCCAGGUCAUUAUUAGUUCCCACAACUCGCUUGGAGACGGCCGUUAUUACGAUGUUGAGAGCUCUUCCAGCUUUGCUUUCGACCAUACUACGCAGAAAGCUAGUGCCGUGCAAAGCCAUGUUCUGGAAGGAGCCCAAGCGGAUCUUGUCAAAUCCACCCUCAAGAGUAUCGGACCUUACGUUGAUGAGCACUUCGCCAAUGCUGCGCACGGUGUCUACCCAAUCGAGUCGGAUUCCAAGAUUGCCAUCGUUAUUGUUGGCAACAAAUAUAGCCCCAACAACUUCUGGAACGGACGCUGGCGGUCGCUUUACAUUCUUGACCCAUCUUCUGGAGCUCUUGAAGGGUCCCUAAAAGUUGACGUACACUAUUACGAAGACGGCAAUGUUCGUCUGCUCACCAACAAACCCGUUUCCAGCACCAUCUCCUCCGUCAAUGGUGCCAGCAUCGUCAGGGAGAUCUCGACCACUGAGAGAAAGUACCAGGAGGAGCUGAACAAGGGCUUCGUGAGCCUCAGCGAGGGAGCCUUUAAGGGUUUGCGUCGACAGCUACCUGUGACGAGACAGAAAAUUGAGUGGGAUCGCGUGACGAGCUACAGGUUGGGUCAAGAUAUCGGGGGUGGAAGCUCAAGGCGAUAG